AUUGCCCAGAUUAUGAUUCUUUGUUCCUCUGCUUCUCCCCAGUCUUGCAUUAUUCUCUCACAUACUUUUACUUCUCAGCUUCUUGCCGUUACCCGAUAAGCUUCCCCAAUUCCUCAGUGUAGCAAAGGGCAAUCAAGAAAAGCAGGGUAUGGUGAAUAUGAGGUUAUUGUCCGGAAAAAAGUCUCUUAAGUCAGUUAGGUUGAGCUUCAGGAUACCAUAUUACACUCAAUGGGGACAGCAUCUGCUAGUGUGUGGUAUGGAAGCAUUGCUUGGUUCUUGGGAUGUGAAAAAGGGUCUGUUGUUAAGGCCUUCUCAUCAGGGCGAUGAGCUCAUAUGGUCUGGAGUCAUUUCCGUUCCUCCCGGAUUCAAAACCGACUACAAUUAUUACGUGGUGGAUGAUGAGAAAAAUGUGGUGAGAUGGGAGGCUGGGAGGAGUAGGAAACUACUUCUGCCGCCUGAUCUGAUCCAGGAUGGUCUUUUGGUUGAGCUUCAUGAUCUUUGGCAGACUGGUUCUGAUGAUAUUCCUUUCAAGAGUGCAUUUAAAGAUGUCAUCUUCCGCAGAAGUUGGAGUUUAGAUGUUGAAAUGCCCCUUGGGGCCAUUCAGAGCAAAGUUGAUGAGGAAGAGUCGGUCAUCAUACAGUUCAAGAUAUGCUGCCCACAAUUAGAUGAAGGGACAUCUGUUUAUGUGAUUGGUAGCUCUUUAAAGCUGGGUCAAUGGAAGGUUCAAAAUGGAGUGAAGCUCAAUUACUCGGGUGACUCAUUUUGGCAAGCAGACUGUGUGAUGGGAAAAGAUGACUUUCCUUUGAAAUAUCCUUUAGGUGCCUUCAUAUGAUAGGCAUGCAUGCUCUCAUUGGGCCUUAA